AUGAUCAUUCCAAUGCCAGCAAUGGGAGCGACGGGCGGCCCGCCAUCGGCCUACGCCCUGUCCAGGCGCCCGUGGGUGAAGUUCGUCCUGCUCCUCCAGAGUCUACUUUGUGUGGUUCGAAUAGUUCUGUUUUUGGACAUCAUGGGUGCAUUCUUAAUGGCCAUCAUGAUUGCAGUGGGCUACUUCGGGAUUCGGGAGGAGAUCAACAUUCAGCUGCUGUGCUAUUGGGGCAUGAUGUGCCUCAUCAAUGGGGCUUUCGAUCUGGUGAAACUGAUCGAUGUCCUGGUCAAAAACAGAAUGCCGCUCUUCUCCUCAAAGGCUUCUUCAGAGUACAACGUCGCGAACGGAUUGGCCCUGGCCAUACCUGUUGCGACGCUUAUGGGUGUUCCGUUGGCAUGGUGGCUGUUUCAGGACUAUGCUAGUGGUACAGGCCCCAGUCUCACGGAACUCCAGUUCUCGUCUGUGCUCGUGGCGGUUGUCGGAUCUCGCGCGCGCUCUGGGCAACGGUGCAAGGGCUCUGUGUUUAAUGUUGGGUGUGCCAUGGGAGUGGCUUGGUUUCUUAUCAUGUUAUACGAGUCUUCCCUCCUGGCAGGUUGA